AUGCAUCCGUGUCUCGUCGCUUCCUUCACAAUAUUAGUGGCGCUAUCUCAGCUAUCAAUUUGCGGUGGUUUUGCGUUGCCGAGAACAAAACAUGCAACUGAGAGUCACAAUGUGUUGUCAGCCAUUGACGACGAAAAUGGAUCAACUUCUUUGGAUUUUGCAAUGGACCCAACAGGAGAUGAAGCAAAGUCUAUCAUGAAUCACUUAUCCCUAUCAUCAGAACAGCAUCAGCAAUUGGCAAAAUUGGCUGUGCUUGUGACGGACUGGAAUACGAGAAUCAAUCUUAUCAGCCGAAAAGAUUGUUCGAAGGAAGUUGUGUUUGGAAGGCAUAUCAUUCCCAGUCUAGCGCCAAAAGGAAUGAAUGAAGAAGACGUAAUAAUAAAAAGUCAACAACGUGUUGUCGAUGUGGGAACUGGAGGAGGCUUUCCCGGACUCCCACUUGCCAUUGCCUAUCCCGAUGUUGAUUUCUUGUUGGUCGAUUCGGUUGGGAAGAAACUUGUUGCUGUGGAGGAUAUGGCGGAUAAGCUUGGAUUGACCAACGUCAAGAUCCACCACGGGAGAGCAGAACAACUGAUGGAGAAAUUCGAUGUUUGUGUUGGCCGUAGUGUUGCUGCAAUCCCAACCUACUGCUUCUGGAUCAAUAACCUUCUUGAAAGGAACGGACACUUGCUCUACAUGAUUGGGGGAGACAUAGAUCAAGAGCUAUUGGACCAAGCAAUCAUUGAUACUGAUAUUGAUGACUUGCUGGAAAGCUCUGGGGCAUCAGAUAAGAGAAUUCUUGUCUUUCCAGAAGAAACAGUGAAGAAGAUUGCAAAGGCAUCUGGUGAAAAGCCAAAGGUGCCACGGAAAACAAAGCCAACUCUAGGCACAAAGAGAAAGAAAAGAGCCAAGGGUGAAUGGGCCAAGAAGGCAGACCCAACAGUACCCAAGCAACGAGGCUACGAAAACUUCAAGCGUUACGAUAACCUAGCCUAA